UCAAAAAAAGUGAUGGAGUACAACCUGCCCAGGGAGUGCAUCCAAAAAUUAUUCCCUUCCAGGACUUGCUUCACUUUCCCAUUUCCAACUGCUCCAGAGUAUGUGUCUCGUCUGGAAAGCUUGGCUCCCGCUGACCUUGAUCCUAAAUUCAUGGAGGUCACAGAUUGUUUCUGCAGGUUGGUCUUUCAGGACAGCCAAGUGAAGACGCUGAAAGAUGGAUACACAGUCACUGGCAGGGUUUUUGGUAAUCUGGCAAAAACAUAUGUGGACACCAUCUCUAGUGGAGCUGUGCCGUGUCUGGAGAACGCUGUGAUUGCCAUGGCAACGAUUGAGAAUGAGGCUGCAGUGAAGGAGGGGCUUGAGCUGUACAAGAGUGGAAUGGAGAAGUUGAAGAUGUCCUUCCCUCUGGAACUGAAGAAUGUGUCCUCAGAACACCAGCGUCUCAACAGCAUGGCAACACAAACCUUUAUGAAACGUUCCUUCAGGGACACUGAUGGGAAACACCUAAAGAUUUUAGAGGUACCCAAUCUUUACAUCUUUACAGUGGCAUAA